UAAACUUUAUACAAUCAGCAAAAAUUUCCAAGAUGAAAUUUAUCGGAUUAUGAAUCCUAAAAAUUGUGAAGAGGCUUUAUUCUUUAUGUGCCAUUGGAAAUCGGAUAAUAAAUGGGGCUUUGGAAGUAUAACGCAACAUAUACUGUUCUGUCUGUCUAUGGCGGUGAAAUUAAAGCGUGUUCUUGUGCUCCAAGUUGACACUAUGGCUCCAGAUGAUUGGUUCAAUUAUUUCCAACCCCCUAGUGGAAAAUGCAGCUUGGAUUCCAUCAGUUUUGAUGCAUAUAGAACAUGGCCAAAGGGUGAAAAGGGAAAUACACCUGAAAUAUUUAAUAUAUCAGGUUCAGAGUUUCAUAAGAGUAAAUUAAUAAAGUUGACGCUUCCUCGCUGGAAUUUUACAAAUUUUGAUAAGUUUGUACCAUAUGGUUUACAAGCAUUGGCCCAAGAGGAUAUUGGAAAGCUAAGACAUACACAUAGAUGUCCUGAAAUCUGGAGCCUCGGUCAAUAUGCUAAAUAUUUGUUUAGGCUUCAACCUGAUUUUGAAAAAUCUCUGUCAGUAUUAAAAACCAGAUUGGGAUAUAACACCAACACAAUUGGAAUACAUAUUAGACGUGGGGACAAAAUCAAAAAAGUUCCUUAUACAAGUAUAGAAAAAUAUAUAUCAACAGCGGAGGAAUAUUUCACCAACAAAAAUAGUUCCGGUGGAAGGAGAUCAGUGUACAUCGCCUCUGAUGAAGGGAAAAUAUUCAAAGAAUUAUCUGAAAAAUAUCCAGAUUUUACUUUUGUAUACAAUAACAAUGAAACUAAAUAUAAAAGGAAAAGAACAGAUAUGUUCAAUGAAAUAAUAACUGAUGUAAUUCUCCUUGCUCAAGCGGACUACUUUAUCGGAACAUAUAGUUCUAACAUUGGGCGACUCGUUCACCAACUGCGCCAAGGGAGAUACAUAGAUGGCACAUGUGCGUCACACUCAUUGGAUAUGGAAUAUUUUUAUGUUGCUUGCUGUGGAAUUAAAAUGUUGAAUAUGCCGUCUAAUUGUCAAAUCCAAGAUGCAAGUAAACUUCAGAGAGUUAUAUAAGGGGGAGGUGGGAUUAAAACAGUAACGUGAUCUCCUUAAUGCGUUAUUAACACACCAAAGCCCUAUACCUGAUUUUACAGGUAUAAUGUCAUUUUUACUGUCAUGAUGUCAUUCUUACUGUUAUGAUGUCAUUCUUAUAGUUUCAGGGCAGAAAUAGAAUGAACUAACUAACUGCUAAUUUUCAAAUCUUAAUUCCAAUUUUGUCCAGAAACAUUGAUCUUAAGUAUGACAUCAAAAAUCCAGCCAUUAUCACUGGUGGAUCCAGGGGGGGCCCAAUUUUUGCUUUUAGGGGUCCAAAACUUUUCUACACACAAGCGCAGAUAUUUUUUUCCCCGACUUGAAAUGUGGGCCCCCUUGUUAGCUUCUGGAUCCGCCAGUGAUUAUAUACCUUUAAGUUUUCUUAGUUCACCAAAAAGGAUCAGAAUACAUUAAUUGGAAAGGGAUGGGUGUAGUACAUGGGAGACCGCACUAUGGUACUGUACCUGGACCUUAUUUUUGUAUGUUAAAAUUUUCAACAAUAUCAUUAAUUUUCAUAGAAAAAUAUCCUACAUUUAUUGUGAUGAAUAUUCAGUGUACAUUUAUAAUUUACAUGCGAUGUGCUAAUUUGUCUUCUGACAAUGAUUCAAAUCAAUAAAACUAUUGAUAAAUUUAAAAGACUGCUGGAUGAAACAUUCACUAUAUUAGCCGACUAUCAAAAUACUUUUAAAAAGUCUUCCAAUUUACCAAAUGUUGAUAUAGACUUCAAGGAAGCACAUAUUUAUGGUCUGGGUGUCUAUGAUUAUACUGGUCCAAUCUGAAAUCUAAUGAAGUAGAACUUAUAGUGUUUAUUUACUCCAUCAUGUUGCUGUUUGUUGCCUUAUUGAGAUCAGUCACUUUCUCAUAUUUCUCAUGAAUUUGUGGAAAAUAAUCUGACAGUCAUUUUCUCACGUUGAUUCAUGAGGAUUCACAGUAAAUAAUUAAGUCACCAUUUCUUGCUAUUUUUGCUACUUUCUUGUGACUGGCAUGUAACAUCUGUAAUAAUUGAUACACUUUUCCAGGUGGUUAUGUUUUGUCAUGUUACUUCAUCUUGCCAAAUCACCUUGUAAUUAUGCAGUGCAUAUGGUAUUCCUCACAGUCCUUUUCCCAAGACAUCUUUCUUGGAAAUUUGCAGUACAUUAUCCAAACAGUCACCUUUCAAGACCUGUCCCAUGAGAAUUUGCAGUCACUUUCACAUAUUUAACCAUUGAAAUUCACAGUACAUUCUUUGAGGCAGACAUUUUCUCAUGCAAAGCAGACUUCACAGAAUAUAAUCCAUAUGCUAGUACUUUAGUGCACACUUGCAGAGCUUUGUAUCCGAUGUAUAAGUAGUAAGGGGUCACCAGUUGCUAAAAUUGCCAAAUCCUGAAGCCAUUGUCUUUUUCUUCUUUUUGCUUGGUUCAUCUCCGAGUUCUAAAGAUGGCGCC